UUGCCACUUUGUUGCGCGAUAUUAAAUCAACCACAGUGCGUUCGCACCUAUCUGAUAGCUUACCGCUGGGUAACUUAAACCACCUCCUUCUGCAUUUUUUACAUCUCCAAAACGAAGGACGUCAUCAUGGAUGGCUACUUCGCCACGUACUACACUAAUCCCGAUGAAAUGAUAGGGGCAAGCAGGCCAAAACAGAACUACGCCAUGCACAGGCAACUCUUAAGCUUCAAAGCCGGAGUGCGGCGAGUUGACAGCUUUUCUGUCGAACGACUCUACCGGCACCUCCAGGCAGUCAUCCCACAAAACCUCACCGUGAAUUCCCUCGGGGCCCUCCGUGACGUCAUAAAGAGUAUCCCACCAUCACCUCAAAGGCACAAAAGCAAGAUGUUCUUCAAGAUGUUCUUCGAGUACAUAGAGGACCUACGCCGACUGGCUUGGACCUUCAAAGACAGAAUCUACACUGUGCUGUAUGAGUUCUUUUAUGACAGCUCGUUCAUACGUCUCCGAGACCUGCAGGUCAAGACAGGGGGUCUGGUCAAGGGGCAAGGCCAAGGACUGUCACCAGACUUGAUCAAGGAGGUUGGGGAAUUGUGCCGACAGCUCUCGCUUGAUGUGGACAGUCUGGAAGAGAAUGUCAACAACUGGGAGGAGCUUCUUGGAGAGUCUGAAAUCGACCCGACUCUAUUCGACGAAACGUCGGCAUACCGCAUUUGUCAGUUCAAGGACUGCAACCGAUUCGAGAACAUUCUAAGGUUGGUUCCAGACGUGCUGAAUAAGAGCGAAAUGUCGGUGGAUCUGGCUAGAGAUUGGUGGUGCAAAGCCGAGCACAUUCGACAAAAGUUGGCCGGGAACCCUGCAUCCGACAGUGGGAUGUCAUCUUCAUCGGAGAUGGAUGCCCCAUCGGUAAUGUCCAAGGCUUCGCAAAAGAGCACACGACAGGUCGCCAAGAACAACCCAGUGCCGAAACAGCCCGUUGACGUUCGAAAGAAGGUAAAAAGUCUCGCAGACAUGGACAAGGAGCGAACCUCAUACGUCAAUAAACCAGCACCUGCACUAGAACCUGGAAAUCAUGGGAGAAGCAACAUGUCUAAGUCCGUAGACAGAUCAGGAGGUAGCAAGAAAAAUGCCAAGCCGGAGGCUACACGAGAAACCGGCGUAGAAGGCCAACACGAAAAUGGCAAAUCGUUUGCAAAAAGGCAGCCCGAUAAUUCCAACGAUCGAUCGCCUCUGAAAAGGAGUACCAACCAAAAAUUGAGAAAAGCUAAGGCCGAGUCUAAAUCAGACGAUUUUGAAACUGCGGGAGGGGAAAAUCAAGUGGGGGUGGCGCAAAAAAGUCAGGCAAGUGAAUCCAAAAUGACCAAGAACACGACAGACAAGGCCAGAGUUAGAAAUCGAGGAGGUGAGGUACAGAGAAGGAAUGACUCUCAACAACAUACAUACCAGGCAGAUGGUGAAGACGAGGCAGCAGAGGACAACAGCGGAGGGCAAACCGAUGAAGAAGAUGCUGCAAAAAGGGCUAGUUUACCAGACCUACAGCCUCAACCAAGGGGCAAGAAAAUGAGGGAUCAAGAUGUCAAUAAGAACCAGGAAAGCACGUCUCCGAUUAAAAAUGAAAACGGCAAGAUGCCUUCGAUUCACAACGAUGGCGACGCCAAAGUAAGGCCCAAAGCACCUGCCCAAGCCAGAUCAACCAACGCCAAAACGGCCCAAGAAAAGUAUCAAGAGCAACCCAUUCCCCGCAAUACGAAAGAAGCCCUGGUAUCAAUGCAGGGCACAGAGGAUAGCAUGGAGACUCUAACCCUGGAGCAUGACUUGGAACGCCAGGAACAAGAGUCGCGGGGGUCCGGACCGCUUUCCUGGCAGGAGAAAAAACUGGAGAAGCUUUGCCAGAAGUUGGAGGAGCUCAUCGAGAGCAAGGAGACCCAGCAGGCUGCUCUCAAGCUCCUGACUGUCAUGAAAGACAAUGUGGCCAGAGAGGUGACCAAGUACCGGGGUAGCCACCGCCUGAAACGGAGGCUGCAAGCCAGGGUAGCCCUGCUGACAGAAAAAGCGCAUGGGUGGAAAGAAGAAACAAAGAGUCUGGAUUAUCAGCACCGGCUCCUGUCAGAGGACCUCAGACUGGAAAUGAAGCUGAAUGGAUCUUUCUACAGACAGAAAAGACGGAAAUCGCUGAAGGAAAGGAUCGCCUACCUCAACGAAAUUGUCCGGAGCGAACGACUCGGGAUGGAGGAGCUUCUCCAUGAGUUGGGAAAAUUGAAAGACGUCACAGACCAGUUGAUGUACUACGGCUUUCCCUUCGAACCCUACUUCGGUGAAUUCGAGAUGGAGUUCGGAAGGCUCGGUGGAUACAUACCAGACUACUGGUACAAACAUGGAGCCUUGGGUGGAAGUCUCCAACCGAAUAAGGUUGCCAAAUUUCUUCGCGAUGAAGAGCUGCUUCUCGGCAGAAGCCUCCAGAGUAGGUACGAGAGGUCCAUCUGGGACGCCCUGAAGAGGGAGAGUGUAGACAGCAUGCCACUGCUGAGUCCUGAGGACAGUUUUAGUUUUCCCUCUCUAGCCCUUGAGGAGAGCAUGGACGUGGCUGCCAGAGGAAGCCGAGGUAGGAAGGAGCAAGGGCAGGGUUACCAAGGAGAUGACGACUACUCCUCCGAUUCUGACGGUGGCGACGAUGAGAGGUCCGGUGACAAGAAGCAACAACCCCAGAUGUACGAUCUUAAGCGGGACGAAAAGCAGCCACCAUCGUUCGUACCGAUCUAGAUAAAACCCACGCUUUUUCAAGAUAUUGUGAUGUCACCCAAUAUUAACUACGCCAAACUCGCGCAGUUAAAACAGCGGUCGUGGGAAAAACGUUUCGAAUUUGUUGCCAUUAAUUUUAAAUUGAACAUCAAAA